AUGUGGUACAAUAUUGAGUCCGAUUCUGAUACUGAUCCGUUUCCAGAAAUGGCCCCAAAGCAGAAAGGUGGCCAAAAGCCAAAGGCAAACACGGCGGAUGAAGUGGAAGAGACCUUCCAGGCUGUGGUGCUUGCGGAUACCUUCGAGACACGGUUCGAACCAUUUACCCGCGACAAGCCCCGAUGCCUCUUGCCGCUUGCGAACACCCCAUUGAUCGAAUACACCCUCGAAUUCCUGGCUAAUGCAGGUGUGGAAGAGGUAUUCCUUUACGGAGGCGCCCAUUCAGACCAAUUGGAGAAAUAUCUCAAUGCCUCGAAAUGGAGGGCUCUUUCGUCUCCUUUCAAGCAACUUAGCUUCCUCAAAUCGACCUCUACUUCCGUCGGUGACGUUAUGCGCGAUCUGGAUGGCAAGCAUCUCAUUACCGGAGACUUCAUUGUUGUGAGCGGUGAUGUGAUCAGCAACCUGCCCAUCGAAGGCGCCCUUGCACAGCACAGGAAGCGUCGGGAGUCUGACAAGAACGCAAUCAUGACCAUGGUGUUGAGGGAAGCUGGUCGCAAUCAUCGGACGAAGUCAUCCUCGGUCUCUCCGGUUUUCGUGAUCGACCCUACAAAGGACCGCUGUUUGCACUACGAGGAAAUCGACCACCACCAGGAUGAUGAUCAGCCCGCUCGCUUGAACAUUGAUUCCGAACUGAUCUUGUCAAACGUCGAGCUCGAUGUUCGCCAAGAUCUGAUCGAUUGCAGCAUCGAUAUUUGCACCCCGGACGUGCUGAGCUUAUGGUCUGACAGUUUUGAUUACCAGUCGCCCCGGAAGCACUACUUGCACGGUGUUCUCAAGGACUACGAAUUGAACGGCAAAACUCUCCACACUUACAUCAUCAAGGAUCACUAUGCUGCGCGCGUGCGCAACCUGAAGGCUUACGACGCUAUCAGCAAGGAUAUUCUCUCGCGCUGGACAUAUCCUCUCUGCCCGGACACAAACUUGCUCCCCGGACACUCUUACGACCUUCGCAAGGGUAGUCUGUAUCAAGAGAAGGGCGUAACACUGGCGCGAUCCUGCGUGAUCGGUCGCCGUACAGUCAUCGGAAAAGGAACAAGCAUCGGUGAUCGGACAGAGAUUAAGAACACUGUGCUGGGCCGGAAUUGCAAGGUUGGCCGCAAUGUCAAGCUGGAGGGUGCCUACAUUUGGGAUAAUGUCGUGAUUGGGGACGGAGUCGAUGUCCGUGGAGCGAUCAUCGCUGAUGGCGUCGUCCUCGGCAACAACUGCACCGUUGCGUCCGGUGCUCUUCUUUCAUACGGCGUGAAAAUUGCAGCCGGCAUCUCAGUCGAAAGCGGCAAGCGUAUCACGAGGACGCAGAUUGACGGAACCGUGGGCAGGAACGAUCCCGCAGUUGUUGGUCAAGGUGGUGAGGGCUAUGAAUUCAUUCACGGGGAGGAAGAGGACGACGACGAUGACGAUGUCAGCGUCGCUUCAUCAGGACUCGUCUACCGUAUGCCCGGUCUCUCACUCUCCUCUGUCUCUAUUUCAACUUUGUCAUCGGAAGUCUCCGAGAAUUCCUGGGGAGAUUCCGAAGGCAGCUUACUCUCCGAUGACGAGGAGUCAGAUAACUUCCACCAUGACGCAUCAGUCAGUCUGUACGACAGUCUCCGCGAAGGAGUGGCAGCGGACGUGGUUCAGCUCGAGCUGGUCACUUUACGCAUGACUGCCAAUGCCUCAGACAACCAGGUCCGUCGGGCUAUCGUUGAGGCCUUCAUGAAGCACAUUGAGCAGCUCAUCGAGGGUGGCAAGGGAGCCGGUCCUGCUGUCAACGAGGUUUUUACUGCAUACAAGGAAGUCGUCGAGCGCACUCUGUUCGACCGUAACCAGGAUCAGAAGAAGGAUCAGGUCGAUCUGCUUCUCAUGCUCCAACAAGAUCUUAUCACCCGCAGCAAGGGAGACACAGUGCUUCUGUUCGCGGCCAAGUCUCUCUAUGAGCUCGAGCUUGUUGAGGAGGAGGCAUACGAUCAGUGGUGGAACGAUGAGCGCUCUAGCAACACUGAGGAGAUGCGCACCGUUCGUAGUCAAGCUCAGCAAUUCGUUGACUGGCUGGCUGAUGCCGAGGAAGAAAGCAGUGAGGAGGAAGACAGCGAGGAAGAGAGUGAUGAUGAGUUUUACCCAGUGACGUGUGGCGCAGAACAGAAUCUCCCUCUACCUCCUGGCACGUUUGCCACUUCAUUCACCACGCCUCCCACUACGCGAAAGAGAACGGCGGCUGAGGCGGCCAUUGACAACGAGCCUCUGACAGCCGCCCACGGGCACCGCACCGCGACAUCCCACCAACGUUCGCGCAAGCCCGACUCAGCCCCGACCGCGUCUUCCGACACCGAGAAACCCGGCUCCGCCAGCCCUGCUAGUCGGAAAAAGGGGUUCCUCGGGACACCCGCAUCGACAACCGCCAGCAUGGAUUCGGACGAUGACUUCAUGAGUGAUGUCUCUAGUGACGAGUUUUUGGGAACCCAGGGCUCCGACAACGAGAGCUUGGGCGAAGACUUCGGUGACCUCGAUACUGGGUUCUCGGACGACAAAGACCUCAUUAGGAAUAACCGCAAGCCAUAUGAAGUUGAGUUUAAAGUACUCGAUCCGCCAGACAUCGACCACGAGCAGAAUGUUCAGGUCGACGAGGUGUGCGCCGUUCUAGGGCUGCCGCCUGAGUCGGCUGCGAUUCUGCUACGUUUUGGUCGGUGGAACAAAGAGAAGUUGAUCGAGUCAUAUAUGGAGCACCCGGAAGAGACUUUGGAAGACGCAGGCCUUGGGACGAGCUUCGAGGGGUCCGCGAAGACCGAGCUUGUGCCGGGGUUCAUGUGUGAUAUCUGUUGCGAAGAGGGGGAUGAUCUCGAGACAUAUGCAAUGCGGUGUGGUCAUCGCUUCUGUGUGGACUGUUAUCGCCAAUACCUGGCGCAAAAGAUUAAGGAAGAGGGCGAGGCUGCUCGAAUCCAGUGCCCCGGAAAUAAGUGCAGCCGCAUCGUGGACUCGAAAUCAAUGGACCUGCUGGUGACACACGGCCUCAACGAAAGAUACCGUGAACUUUUAACCCGGACUUACGUUGAUGACAAGGAGAAUCUAAAGUGGUGUCCUGCGCCAAACUGCCAAUAUGCUAUCGAUUGUGGAGUAAGGGCUCGCGACCUUCGUCGCAUAGUUCCUACCGUGAGAUGCUUCUGCAAGCAUGAAUUCUGCUUCGGUUGCACUCUCGCCGACCACCAGCCUACUCCAUGCACAUUGGUCAAGAUGUGGCUACAGAAAUGUGAAGACGAUUCAGAGACUGCUAACUGGAUCUCUGCCAACACCAAAGAGUGUCCCAGAUGCAAUUCCACCAUCGAAAAGAAUGGCGGUUGCAACCACAUGACUUGCAGAAAGUGCAAGCAUGAGUUCUGCUGGAUGUGUAUGGGCUUGUGGUCCGAACAUGGUACUAGUUGGUAUAACUGCAACCGAUACGAGGAGAAAUCCGGCUCGGAUGCCCGCAGUGCCCAAGCCAAAUCUCGUUCUUUCUUAGAGCGGUAUCUGCAUUACUAUAAUCGGUAUGCGAACCACGAGCAGUCCGCCAAGCUUGACAAAGACCUUUACUUGAAGACCGAGAAGAAGAUGACCAGUCUUCAGUCUCAGUCCGGUCUAUCUUGGAUUGAGGUGCAGUUCCUGGACACCGCGUCGCAGGCUUUGCAGCAGUGUCGUCAAACUCUGAAGUGGACCUAUGCGUUUGCAUUUUACCUCGCGCGCAACAACUUGACCGAAAUCUUCGAGGACAAUCAGAAGGACCUGGAGAUGGCCGUUGAAAGUCUGAGUGAAAUGUUUGAAAAGCCUGUCCCCGAACUUGCAGAGCUCAAGGUAGAUAUUCUGGACAAAACCGCGUAUUGCACCAAGCGUCGAGUCAUUCUUCUCAGCGAUACUGCCGAGAAUUUGAAGAACGGAGAAUGGUCAUUUAAUAUGGAGUGGUAG